UCUCUCUCUCUCUCUCUCACACACACACACACACACACACACAUGGUGAUGCGGCGGCGCACCUCCGCGUCCUUCUUCGGCGGCCUCCUGACCCGGGAGCUCGGCGGUGCCGGGGCCUCCUCCCGCGGCGCGGCGCGGCUACCGUACCUCGCCGACCUCUCCUCCGACCCCGGGGGCCGCGGCGGCGGGGUCAUAUCCGUCGAGCACUCCGGCGACCCCGCCAUCCCCUUCGCCGUCUCCUUCGGCAAGACCGCGAAGACAUCUCAGUUCCUGGCGGUCGCCGACGAGGAUGGCUACGUCAGUCUCUAUGACACCCGCCGGCGCCUCCCGUCCAGCUCGUCAUCUCUAGAGAAGUCAGCUGAAACGAGGGUGUUCGAUUGGGUUGCCCACAACAAUGCAAUCUUUGAUGUGUGCUGGAUUAAGGAGGGAUCCCAAAUAAUGACUGCAUCGGGCGAUCAAACUGUGAGGAUAUGGAGCGUGGGAAAUAGGAAAUGCAUUGGUGUCUUGUCAGGACACACUGGAAGUGUGAAGUCGCUGUCAUGCCAUUCUUCAAAUCCUGAGCUUAUUGUUUCCGGUUCAAGGGACGGUUCAUUUGCUCUUUGGGAUUUAAGAUGUAACCCUAAAUCUUCAAGUAGCCAUGGUGAACAAUGCCUUAUGUCUUCUGCUGUUGUCAGAGAAGCCCACAGUCCAAUCCAAAGGAGCCGAACAAGGUCUCGAGCAAAGGCCGCUUCAACAAGCAUCACAUCAGUUCUUUAUCUGAAAGACGAUGUCUCCAUUGCUACUUCUGGAGCAUCAGACAAUGUUGUGAAAAUAUGGGACACACGAAACCUUAAAGUGCCUGUCUCCAGCAAAAACUCUCAAGCAGGGACACAACAUUUGGAGGGUGUGAAACAUGGAAUCUCUUGCCUAUCUCAAGACUCACAUGGUGCAUACAUUGCUGCGUCAUGCAUGGAUAACAGGAUCUAUUUAUACAGUGUUCUCCAUGUGAACAAGGGCCCAAUCAAGAUUUUCACUGGCAGCAAAAUUGAGUCUUUCUUUGUCAAAUCUGCUAUUAGCCCUGAUGGAACUCACAUGCUUGGUGGUUCGAGUGAUGGAAAUGUAUACUUGUGGCAGGUGGAUCAACCUGAAAGUAGCCCCAUAGUUUUAGAAGGCCAUGAAGGUGAAGUCACUUCAGUUGACUGGUGUGUAUCUGAGGUUGGAAAGAUAGUAACAUCUUCUGAUGAUUCCACGGUUCGUGUAUGGGGUACCAAGAAAAUGGAUUGCACCAACGUAAGCUCACCAACAGUAAUCCGUAAGCGGAUAACUGUGCCAAACACCGAGUACCGAAGGUCUGCUACGCAUGAGCGAGCUACUACUUCAAGAGACGCGGUUGCCUGCACCAGUGUUGAUGGUGAAUCGCCAAGUGGCACCCACUCUCCCCUUCAACCCAGAGCACUAGACUUUGGCACUCCAGAAUCUGCGAAGAAGAGACCAUUUGCAUUGUUUCAGGAGGAGGCCUUUGAUGUGAGGAAGAGCCCGGAAGCUCCAAUGAACAGCCCCUCUUCAGUUCUAAGCCCGCCUCCUUCGCUGAAAAGGAGAACAAUUCGGGACUACUUCGCCAGUAGUACAUCAUGAACCUUGACACAUUCUGACAGCUAACUGGUAUCAAGAAGUCCUAGCGGCCUUGAGGACUUGGGUUUUCUUAACUUAUGGUGGGAUUUUCUUGCCUGAAAUUACACUGCUCAUACGUGUUAGAUGAUCACAGCAAUUCAUGCAAUCCCCUUCCCUUGGCAGGAUUAAGUAUCAGUUGUGAAGAGAGCUGCACAUUUUGGGAAAAUUCUUCUGUGGAGUUGCUGUGGUUUACCUCGCAUUGAUCUUUUGAAACGCGGUUGUACAUAAUAUAUUGCUAUAGAACCAUCCUCCUUUUCUCUUUGUAUUCCUUUUUCUUUUUUUCCAUUGAGCUCAGUCUAACAGAACUGAAGAAAUACUUCGAUUUAUCUAUCUGUCAGUACAUUAUAAGUAAUAUAUUGCAUGCAGCAAAG